CCUAAACAAAGUAUUUAUGGUUAAAGGUAUCCUAAGCAAGACAUACACAUCAUAUAAACCUUUUUUUUAUUUUUCAUAUUAUUAACAAAGGUUUUAGCUAACACUAAGGUCUAUGUUUAUCCAUUCAUAUCUGAGGAGGAGAUCGAUAGAUAUUCUGUACAUUUAAAGUAUAUAUUCUUAUUGUUGUCAUCAAUUAAUAAUGUACUUAUUUAUAAUCUUAACUAGGCGUUUAGAAGACAAAACAAAUACAUCAAUAACAUUUAAUUUUGAUGAAAGAUAUUUCGACAUUACAGGUUCAGAUCAGGAAGAAUGUUCCAAAGCUGAACAAAUAAUAUGUCAAAAUCUUUUAUCUCGUUUCAAUGAAAAAAUUGAUUCCAAUUACAUGCAAGGAACAUUUGAAGACAUGUCAAGUUUAUGCAAACAUGUUCAAAUGAUUAAUGAGAACCCUUCCACACCUAUACCGUAUCAUCUAAAAAUUAAUGGAUCAGUACGCUUGUUUGAAGAAUCGGAUGACGAACCAGCUUUUAGCGAUCAUAUACCUGAUCAAAAUGAAGAUUAUAAUAACGAUGAAAAUGAGGGAAUAAUCAGCCAAAUAUUUGUUAUUUCGCCUAAAAUAAAGAAUAUUAACAGUUUCUUAAAUGGGCCUCCACAGCAUAAUAUGUUGUCUGCUGAUUAUAUAAGUAUUAUUUCAGACAUGACAGGCGCCUCAUGUUCACUUAAUGAACGUAACAUACGUAUUACUGGAACUGAAAAUGUUGUCAAAAAUGCUUAUAAUAGAUUUCAUGUGUUACAAAAGACUUUUAUUGGACAACUAAAGACUAAUAUUAGUGCAUGCAUCCAUUAUCCAACUUUAUCUAAUCAUUAUGGUCUUUAUUUUUGUAACCUGCGCAAUUAUAAACAUAAAAACUUUGUACAUUUACAAUUGGAUUAUGAUGAUGAUGAUGUAUCUAAUCUUUAUGUCAUGUUACCAAUAUUCAGAAAUCCAAGGACAAAUGAAUAUGAUCCACCAAAAGAUAUGAUUACUCUAAAUUCAUACUAUCAAUUUCGGAAAAGAGAAGAGCAAAUAAAAAAGGAAAAAAUAAUGGAGUUAAACAAUACAAUGAAUGAGCUAGCUAUAGCCACUAACACUGUUAAAUCAAAAUGCCAAGUACGGUCGUCUUCUUCUUCUUCCAAUUUUUCUAUUCAAUCAGAUUCACCACCGAAACCAAAUUCUAUUCAGUUAACAGAAAUUACUACAGAAUUAUACAGAAUGCCAGAGUGGGGAAUGGAUCGUAAUUUCACUUCUGUUUAUAAUACUGGUAAAUUGGAAUAUUUAAGUUCUGAACGACUUGCUCGUGCAUUUACACCACCACCUCCACCACCAUCAUCAUCAAUACCUCUCUCAGCUGAUAUUACACUAUUAUUAAAAGACUUUCCAGCAUUAACAUCUACUUCGAGACCUUCCUCACCUACUUCUACUGCCUCUUCUACUAGCAGUAAGAGCAAAUAUAAACCAAAAUUAAACUUGGAUAAGCCUAAGGCGCGUAGAGUAAUGCGAAUUAUACCUCAAAAAGCAGCAGCGACUCAUAUGUCCAUGCCAGCACGUAUUUUAAUGGAUAGGGUGAAGAAUUAUAAUUAUAAUACUAUUAGAGAUUCGUUGGUCACCGGAUUAGAGUCGGUAAGAGGAUUCAAAGGAGAAAUAAGAUUAUCUGCAAAAAUCGGUAAAGUGUUAUGGAAUGUAAAAAGACCAGAGGUUCUUGGAAAAGUAUGGGAAUAUGAAGAAAUUAAAGAUAUUGUCAUGAAAGAAUUAGGUACAGCUCCAAAAUUCACUAAAAUGACUACCAUGGAUGAAGAAAUUAUUAGCCUUAUAGUUUCCAAUGCAUUGAGUACAGCACCCUAUAAUAAAACGUCUAUUUAUGAAUUUCAUUGUGCAGCACGUAAUCAACCUAAUGGACGCUAUAAGCCUGUCAUUUUAUAUAUGAACGAAGGGAUACUUGAUAUACGAAAAGUAGCUAUAAAUGAGAAAAAAGUAACAGAAAUAAAUUGGGUGUCAUUGGAUCGAAAAUAUGAUUUUCAACUUUCGUUAACUACUAAACAAUUAAUUAGAAGUGAUGUAAAACCCUUUACGACAUUCAAUAAAUGGAUAUCGAUUAGCCCUAUCACGCGUUUAAUGUCAUUUCAAAAUGUGCCAAAGUUUUUAACCGUAGAGCACGUCAUAUUAAAACAAACAACUCGAUACAGAAGUGUAUUCCCUUUUAUUGUCGAAGUGACUCGGGUUGAAAGAUUGUGUAUGAUCCCUGUUCCUGGUACACAAAAAAUCAAUGCACAACCUGGAAAAGGAGAGGCCUGGUACGACUUUGAAAUAAUUAAUACGCUUUAUAAUACACAUUUUAAGGCAAACUUGGACUUGGAAAUUGGGGAUGAAGCGCCUUGGACAGUAGAAGAUAUUUUACAAACGGGAACAUCCAUGGAUAUUAUUAAUAGCUUUGUUAAAUGUUUAUUAACGCAUAUUGAAAAGAUUGAAAAUGGAUUUAAAGAAUAGUUUUUUUUUUUAUCUUAUUUUAUUAUCAUUUUUAUUAUUUAGCUUAUACUUUAAUACCCUUCUUUUUUCUUUUUUUUUGAAGAAAAAAAAAUAGCUGUAACAAUAUGUCAAUAAAGGUUCUUUUUUUCUUUCUUUUUUUCUUGAUAAUAAAAAGUUUCUUAAUAAAAUAGAGCCUAUAAUUAUCAUCUGAAAGCCAGCAAUAGCAACGAUCAAUAAAUUCUGAAUAUAGAUCACAGUACGAUAGAAAGUCAAUAGACUAAAUAUAAACAUAUACAAAUACAUAUUUAUAUACAGUGUUUACUUGUACUGAGUAUUCACUUAUUUGUCCAUUUCUAUAUUGUGCA